AUGGAGAGCGAAGCAGAGCCAGACGCUGUACGGGAAGUGUAUGAAAGAGCAAUAGGAAAUGUCCCCCCUGCUGAGGAAAAGCGACUGUGGAGGAGAUACAUCUACCUGUGGAUUAACUACGCUCUAUACGAGGAACUUAUCGCCAAGGUGAACAUGGACCACGGGCAGCCAGUCUCUCUUUUUUCUUAGUCGUCGAGCAGGACGGGCGAGACACGAAACGCGCGCGACUGAAGGCGCGAGAUGAGAGUGGCGCGAAAUAUGAGACACUUUUUUCUUCUCGCGCUGCCACCCUCGUUUCUUGCUUCUCUCGCGCGGAUUCGCCGCUUGACGCACUCCCCUCACUAAAUCUGAAGAAAAACAGAGACUGCUCACAGUCCAAGGUGGCAGAAAGCUUGACAUUUACCUUUAAGGUUAUACAAGGCCUUGAACGUUUUCAUUCAUUUUAAAGUCAAGGGACACAAGCCUCUUGUUUGUUUCAAACGUCGAACUUUACAUGUGCCGAAUCUAAUAUAAAUUUGCGAGAAAAAUAAAUUCUCCUCUUUACAGCGUAGCAUUAAAUUCAGCAAAUGUGAAGUUCGCUGUUUGAAACGCAAACGGUUCAGGCAUUACUCUGAUUACGCUUUUACAGUAGCAACUCCAGCCACUGGCUGACAUGCAAUAUUAAGACUAAAAGAAAAAAUGUAAAAACUGUUAAAUUUCUAAUCUACCGUUUUUGUUUUGUAGGACAUGGAACGUACAAGGCAGGUCUAUCGGGCUUGCUUGGAUCUUAUACCACACAAAAAGGUGUAGUGCGAUUGUAAGACAGAUAACAUCUUAAUUCAGCAUGGGUGAUGUCCUAAAUUACAUGUAACUACAGUAUACAAUUGUUGUUCACGAGUAAGGUUAAAGUAAAUGUUUCAAGGUUACAGUGGUUUCUUCUCCUGCGGUAGCUUACAAUAUUAGUGUAGACAUUUCUCGCCUUAGUGUGAACAAAGUUUUCGUCUUUUUACAGUUUACCUUUGGCAAAGUGUGGCUGUUGUAUGCCCAGUUUGAAAUUCGCCAAAAAGAUCUCAAGGCAGCUCGACAGGCAUUGGUAAGUCGAACACAAAGUACUUAGAGGCUACAGAUUAAAUAAAGAAGAAGCGUUUUCAGGAAUGAAUAAGUCAAUCACCAUCACUCAUAGCUCGACAUAGCGAGGAUUGAUAGAGCGGGAUUUACCUCACAAUCCGAGCCUUAGAGUACAUUGAUCUGUUGUUUUAAAAACCAACAAGACUUGAAUUGGUUUUAUAUGCAAAACAUUUGAGGUAAGCAUCGUCACUGAAAGGUGUUAGCACCGUGAAAAAAAGACUUCUGAGUGCAGAAUGUAGAACGUCUUGCUACCUGGAAACUAAAAUUUAUUUUCCUCUGUUUCUAGGGCACUGCAAUUGGUAAAUGUCCAAAGGACAGACUCUUUCGAGAAUACAUUGGACUUGAGUUACAGGUUAGUAGAAUUAAAACUGCCGUUCUUCUAACCUUUUAUGUGGGUCAUGAUUUUGGACAAGUGAAAGCAAGGUGAAUAGGAAAAAAUCAUUUCCAUAUCUCUGAAUAGUUUCCCACUAUGACUCGCUUUGAAACAGAGGAUUGAAGCAACUCGGAAAAAGUCUAUUAGCAAUCAGCCUCUUGUGUUUGGAAGAUCUUAUGAUUCGUAAUUAUGUCUAAUUAUUUUACAGCUUCGUGAGUUCGACCGCUGUCGUAAGUUGUACGAGAAAUUUCUCGAGUUCAACUCUGCCAACUGCACCACGUGGGUCAAGGUAAACAAUGUAUUCAAAACGUUUUUGUCAAAUUUAAUAAAAUNCUUAGAGGCUACAGAUUAAAUAAAGAAGAAGCGUUUUCAGGAAUGAAUAAGUCAAUCACCAUCACUCAUAGCUCGACAUAGCGAGGAUUGAUAGAGCGGGAUUUACCUCACAAUCCGAGCCUUAGAGUACAUUGAUCUGUUGUUUUAAAAACCAACAAGACUUGAAUUGGUUUUAUAUGCAAAACAUUUGAGGUAAGCAUCGUCACUGAAAGGUGUUAGCACCGUGAAAAAAAGACUUCUGAGUGCAGAAUGUAGAACGUCUUGCUACCUGGAAACUAAAAUUUAUUUUCCUCUGUUUCUAGGGCACUGCAAUUGGUAAAUGUCCAAAGGACAGACUCUUUCGAGAAUACAUUGGACUUGAGUUACAGGUUAGUAGAAUUAAAACUGCCGUUCUUCUAACCUUUUAUGUGGGUCAUGAUUUUGGACAAGUGAAAGCAAGGUGAAUAGGAAAAAAUCAUUUCCAUAUCUCUGAAUAGUUUCCCACUAUGACUCGCUUUGAAACAGAGGAUUGAAGCAACUCGGAAAAAGUCUAUUAGCAAUCAGCCUCUUGUGUUUGGAAGAUCUUAUGAUUCGUAAUUAUGUCUAAUUAUUUUACAGCUUCGUGAGUUCGACCGCUGUCGUAAGUUGUACGAGAAAUUUCUCGAGUUCAACUCUGCCAACUGCACCACGUGGGUCAAGGUAAACAAUGUAUUCAAAACGUUUUUGUCAAAUUUAAUAAAAUAGCAUUUAAAAUGAUCUAAGCUAGAAACUCAUCAACAGUUUUCAAAACAGUACCACACGAAGCUUAAAGUAUUGCUCGGUAGCUUUGUUAUAAAAUGGUCAUUAGCUCUGAUUUAGUUUUCCAAAUCAUAUGUUACAACCACCCUCAGGUUCCAAAUGUCAAGGGUUGUCACAAUCCCUAACUUUGAAGACAAAUCCGUAAUGACCCUUACAAGAACCCCGGCGGGAGCGGCGGCGGGGGGGGGGGUUACUGCCAUAUAUGAGCUAUAUGGGUAUGUGCCGCUGUGAAGGGUUUGGUUUUCAAGCUGUUUACUGUGGGAUAGAGUUUAUAAAUCAGAGAGUUUACGUCUAACUGAUCAAUUGGUUGAAGAUUUUAGUCUAGACUAGGUAAACCCGGAAUUGCCACUCAAAAAUGUAAAAAAAUAAAAUCGGCAAAUGUAUAUGUACGCAACUCAGCCUAAACGCUACAUCUAGGAUACGGGGAUAUUUUGGGAGUUUAGUCUAGAAAAGGUUAGUAAAUUUCAGCUGAACUAGUUCUGGUGUAGGCUAAGGGUUCCAGGGUCCCAGCGGCACACCCCCACCCAAAAAUUCCUAAAGUACCACACCACUCCCCCCGGGACAAGAACAUCUUAAAGUUCCCUAAGAUACCCAAUAUGAAUUAUGUACAAUCUCCACCACAACUCCUCAAAUUACACGCGUGGAUGUGCUUCUUGAUUUAGUUAAGCGGCUGAUCAGCGAAACGAACAAUAUAUAUAAUAUAAGUUGUUGUUGCUUUCCUUCCCUUAGUACGCAGAACUGGAGACCAUCCUCGGUGAUACCGACAGAGCCCGGGCCCUUUUUGAGCUAGCUGUCAAUCAACCGCUGUUGGAUAUGCCAGAGGUAAAUUAUAGCGGGCCUCAGUUUUUUUGUAAUUCCUAUGAAUCACCGAGCGUCCCGUUACCUCAAACUCGGAGGCGAUUUCCUGCGAGUGCGCUCUAGUAACUUACUUUUCUGUCUUAAAGGGAAAAUUAUGUUUUAUGUAUUCAAUGUAUAGCAUCCUUAACUUGUUAAAUCGGUAUAUAAGGUUAAUAACGUACCACAACGAAAUGACUUGAAAAGACGCUGAAAAAGCUAAAGCAUAGUCAGUCUACGAAUGCAUUAAAAAAAUUUCUCCUCAAGACGAUUAAAGGAGGCAUUUAUAUUUGAAUUGGAAUUUGUUUUCCUGAAAUUUUUUUGGGACUAAAACAAUCAGAAAACUUUGUUUUAGUCUAAUAUUGGCAAAAAUGUUUUUUUUCCAGUAUCAAAUAGGUUCUGUUCUAUCGUUGAAAUCUUAAACAGGAAGUAGAAUUGCAAAGGAGGGCGAACUACCCAUGACCGGAAAUGACGUUUACCCUUAGUUUAAAUAAUAUUUUUUCACCCCUUUGUGUUGUACCGCCGUGAUCGUCUAGUGGUUAGGACACUGCGUUGUGGCCGCAGUAACCCAGGUUCGAAUCCUGGUCUCGGCAUUUUUUUUUUCCUCCUCUUUUUUUGUUUGUUUUUAAUUCUUCACCGUUAAUUCGACAGAUUUUUUUUUUUGAUUCCUCCAUCCGUUAGAAAAAAACUGAAGGAUUUCUUCCUUUCAAUAAAAUAAUUUUUUGACUGAUAUUCGUGUUAUGUCCUUUCGAUCUUCACACACAUGACAGCUUUUUAUUAAAGUUUCUAAAAACAUUUCAUAUCUUUGACACUUAACAUUUUAAUACUUUAUAGGUGUUGAGUUAAAUCCUGAUUUUCUUUCCUGGGCAGGUUUUGUGGAAAGCUUACAUAGAUUUCGAAAUAAACUUGGAGGAAUACGACAAAACCCGAGAUUUGUAUGAAAGACUUCUAACAAGAACACAGCAUGUGAAGGUAUGGACUGUGUUAACUUUUCGCCAGGGUUUGUAAUUUCCGUAAGGCUCCCUUAAAACCUCGUCCAAAAUCUAACCCGAACAAAAAUACACUUUGUAGGAAACCUCCGCGAUGGUGAAUCGAGGGCGCGGAGCGAGUCUUUGAGAGUACUAGUUGCACCGAGUGUGAUUUUUGCGCCUCCCGUCAAAUCUGACGCAUAAUUUUUUUUAAAUUUCGCAUAGGAGAGUUUAUUUGUGAAGUAAAGUUUCAAUGAAGGUGUAUUCCCGCUAGCAAACGCUAAAUAAACCCGUACUAAACUCUCCAGUGUUUAGUCGCCAUCUUAAAUAUUGGGGUGACCGAGGGGGGAGUUGGGGCGAGCUAUGUGGAACCUUCUCAGUUCCCUCAUUUCUCCUUUCAGGUGUGGAUAAGCUUUGCACAGUUUGAGGCAUCAACAGGAACAGAUGAAAGCAUGGAACAAGCAAGGUUUGUUGAUGAAAAAAAUUGUAAUUCGUCUUGACUUAUGCAAAGUAUAGGGUGCAUCGUCGCUAUUCAGUUGUUUGGAGUUGUUUUAGUGAUAACACUGUCAACCUUAUUGCCUGCCGUGAAUCAGCACCGGGUGAACGUAAAUGUCGGCUGUGUUUAGCAGACGUCCGUGGGGGAGAAAUGAAUGAGUGACAAACGAACCCCAAAGGACGUCUGCGGGGAGGCUAGGUAUAAAAGACUGACCGAUUAAAUUUUCAGACUGCAGGCCUCGUGGUAGAGCAGAGCAGGGGUUUUUGAAAUCUUUAGCCGUGGCAUGUUGCUCGCUCGAAAUAUGAUAAGCUUAAGUCUAGGAUUAGUUACCAUGGCAACGCUUAUCAGGGCUGAGUUGUUCAAAGCUGGGUUAAGAUAACCCAGGGUAAGUGCGAGAUUUGAAUUCAGAUUUGAAAGCUUAAAAAGCAUUUCAGUUUCAAUUCUUUUUGUCUACAAGAUGAUGCUUGGAAGCUCUAAAAAUAACAGAGAAAACUAUCCGAGAAAAAUGCUUUAGAACACAAGAACAAGAAAAAGAAAACCGGGGUUAAAUAUAACUCCGGGUUAAGCGCUAAUCGGCCUUCGAACAACUGGGCCCAGGCUUUUAGUUAACCCUAGAUUAGAGUUAACCGAACUUCAAACAUCCCUAAUCGUCUCGAUCUUCUGAAUCGUCCCAAGGAUCGUUGAAACGAUCCAGCGAUGCUGAGGUUUUCCAUUUAAUCUUCUUGCCCGCCAGUGGAGAUCAGAAGCGCGCGCUUUGCCAAUCAUUCUUGACAUUAUGUGUCUAGUUCUUCAAGAGCUAUAAUCUUUUCCUGAAUCCUUUUAUUUUCUUCAGGAGUGUUUACGAACGUGCUGACAAGUCGCUUAGAAAUGUAGAAGAAAAAGAAGAGCGGGUCAUGCUGUUAGAAGCGUGGAAAGAGUUCGAGGUAUUUCAUCUUUGUCGUAUGCCCAUGUGCCCCCUAUUGCCUCUUUCGCGCUCCUCUCACGUUCGCGCGCGUCUUAAACGCGCGUCUAACCUUCUGUUUCGAACGCCUGUCAAGCUGCCUUCCACGCAGGGCUAUCGGUCGUUUCGAUACAAGUUUAUUCAGUCGACUUGUAAAUUUUUUCACGUACUUGGCUUAAGGAACGAAGAAUAUUAACCCAAAACGUUUUCCUGUCCACACGCAAGCCAUAUAGUGAAGUGGUCGAAAUUUUUGUGCAGUUUCACUGCUCGAGUUUGUAUCGAAACGACCGCGGUACUGAGACGAAGCCAUACUGAGUCGGUGUGACACUGGCUCCUCUAUUUAAGUCAAAUACUGUCUUGUUGUUUCAGACUGAACACGGAAACGACACAUCACAAGAAAGAAUUAAGAAGAAGAUGCCUCGGCGUGUAAAGAAACGAAGGAAAGUCCAAACAGACGACGGGGUAGGGGAUAUAGUUUCAUUUCAAUUUGCUUGUCUUUUUGCUAUACUUGUUUUUCACUAGCCCUCGAGCAAGCUGUCCAUUUCGAGUGGCGAGAGAAGUGAACCGCGAGAAAUCGCGCGCUCUCGCGUGACUUCUUGCAAAAUGGAGAGCUUGCUCGCAGGCUAAUUUCCACACGGUUCUUUGUUGCUCGGCCCCUUCCGGUCUUCACAAAUUUAUUGGACGAUUGAGCACAAUAAACCCUUGUAAUUUCGUUAGAGGAUACUCCCUCAACGUUUGAAAGAUACCGGAUACCGAACGACCACCAUCUUUUGAGGAGUAAACUUUCUCUCUGUUUCGUUUGCAGUCUGACGCCGGCUGGGAAGAAUACUACGACUACAUUUUCCCCGACGACGAGGCAAGCAUGCCGAACUUUAAACUUCUCCAAAUGGCUAGGCUUUGGAAAAAGCAGAAGGAAGCACAAAAUGAACAGUAACAGUAGCCGCUACUUUGUACAGAACGGUCAGCGUUUCGAUAAUAAAACUCAGUUAAAUAUGGAAGGGAAAUAACCCAAGCUUCAUUCGUUCAAUGUUUUCUUUCGUCUAUCGAACGUGGUAAAUUAUUGAAAAUGUUGAGUUUGUAGCUAAGUAGUGGUGGCCUCAGGCAUUUCUGCUUUUUUUAAGUUGCGAGAAUUCAUCGCGAUACUAACGCAGGAAUGUUUUGCUAAAUAAAAAGAAAAACAAAUUCAAGUGCAAAAUAUCAGUGAACUUUUUAAACGCACG